CUGCUGCUGAUUCCACGCGAAAAAAGAAAUACACCACGGACGAGAGGAGGAGGAGGAGGGAGGCAGGAAGGCAGCUUCCCCAAGAAACCUCCCGUUCCGCGACGCGUCUGCCGCCGUCCGAUCCCCGCCCGCCGCCUCCUCCUCCUCCCUUAUCCUCUUCCUCUCCUUGCUCGCUUCCCCUUCCUUCCUUCCUUCCUUUCCCCACCCAAUCACUGUUUGAGCGGCUAUAAAUCCGUACCAAUUCGGCUUAAGCUUCAACUGCCGAUUGGUUUCCUUUCUUUAAUUAGUUUGGCUGAUUCGAUCAAGGAAGCGGCGAUUGGAGCGGUCUGCCCAAGAAUUUUGGAGAGACUUCAGCUUGGGGAUCUUGAUUAUUGAUUGCUAGGUGGGUGCUCGUCGGAUCCGCCGGCCAUGAUGGUUGUUGAUACGGUCAGCGCGAGCACCUCCAUUAUUGCACCCCACCUGGUCGACCAAAGGUACAGGGGCUCCCACCACCACCUUCGCCGGACGCUCCAUGUCGUCGCCUGCCGUCCCCUGGCCACCGCGUUCGCAGGCCGCAGGCUCGUGGCCCGGGUGACCAGGCAGCCGCCGCACCGUCUCGCGGACUGGCCGGUCAAGGCGCUGGCUAUGGGGGUCACCAAGGAGGCCAGCCCUCGGAGGGAGUACCGGGGGAUCCCUGGGGACGGUGGUGACAUGGACGGUAUUGGGACUAUGAACCCCGCCACGUCCUGGCCUCCACGGAACCGGGCCGAUGAUCCCAAGCUGCACAACCCGUUGCUCCGGCUCCAGCAGAUGGGCUGCGGCUGGCUCGGCGUCAUCUUUGAGUGGGAGGGGGUCAUUGUUGAGGAUGAUGCUGAGUUGGAAAGGCAGGCAUGGUUGACCCUGGCUCAGGAAGAGGGGAAGUCACCGCCUCUGGCAUUUGUGUUGAAGAGAAUCGAGGGGAUGAAGAACGAGCAGGCUAUUUCUGAGGUUCUCUGCUGGUCUCGGGUCCCCUCGGAGCUCACGAGGUUGGCCUCGCGAAAGGAAGAGAUACGCUGCAGCCUUCGAGGUCGCGCGUUCUACCAGAUGAGGAACGGUUCCAGAGAGUUCAUGAGCACGCUCGCCAAUUACAAGAUCCCUCUCGCUGUGGUCUCCACGAGACCAAGGAAGGUUAUUGAAGAAGCCAUCGAAGCUGUUGGCGUUCGGAGCUUCUUUGAUGUUGUUGUGGCAGCGGAGGAUGUAUAUCGAGGGAAGCCUGAUCCUGAAAUGUUUCUCUAUGCUGCGCAGCUCCUGAGUUUUAUUCCGGAGAGGUGCGUUGUGUUUGGGAACUCAAACUCGGCGGUGGAAGCUGCUCAUGAUGCCCGCAUGAAGUGUGUUGCGGUCGCAAGCAAGCACAAAAUCUAUGAGCUUAGCGCUGCAGACCUUGUGGUGAAGCAACUCAACGAGCUGUCUGUGGUUGACUUGAAGAACCUUGCUGACAUUGAGUCCCCGGAGUUUGGCAUGGAGCCUGAACCUGAGUUGGAGGAGGAGGAAGAAACAUCCCCACCAUCUUCGUCUGUGGGUGUAGAUGAUUUGUUCUGGUAAGGAGCCAGAUUGUACAUUGGAUUGAUUCCUCUCCUGCACAGAUGUAUGAUUAUUAAUUGUCAUACGAUCAGGAAGGGCUUAUCCUUCUAAUCCUUAAACUGUGUUAUGUAAAUGUUCUUUAGAUCUCACACACUGUAUAUAUACUCUGAAAGAAAUUGGGGACUGAAUAUACAAUCAGGACAUUUAAACUGCA